AUGGCCCCAAUUGCCCCCAAAAAGCUCGCAGCUACCCGAGCUAAUUCCUCCCGACAACCCAUUGCCUCCUCACCCUCCAACCAUGUCAGUCCUUUCGCAGACCCAGAUGCCUUUCGCACAACCAAAAGGGAUAAACGCCAAAUAAAACACUCCAUCUUCCUCUCCAAAAUCGAAAAACCCCGCAGCAAGACACUGAAACGACGACGGCCCUCAAAGAAACUAAUCGCCAACCUUGAUUCGCUGGUUGAUGCCCUCCCGGAUGCUGGUGAUGGUGACGAUAAUGGCACAUACAAUCAUCACCACAACAACGGCCCUGCCAACAAUAAAAGGCAAAUGCUUGACAGCCAGGUGAAUAUUAUUAGGCAGAAGACUUUGAAGCAUAAACCUGGUGCGAUGAAAAGGAAGGAGAAAUUGGAUCGGAGGGAGAGAGAGCGCUUUGCCCGGAAUUUGGCGCAGAUGGCGGUUCCCCCAACAACUUCUGGUACGAAUACAAAUGCGAAUACAGCAGUCGAUGCGCAGACGCAGGUGCAGACACAAGCAGAGACUCAGCCAUCGACGUCGAAUCGGUGGGCUGCUUUGCGCAACUUCAUUUCUCAGACCAUCGAUCAGAAUCCGGAGUUUCAGAGAUCGAGGCCAACAUGA